UAAGUCCGGUGUUGACAAACCUGACAUUGUAUCCUGUCCGACUCUCCCUACUAUUUUUUUUUUCUUUGGCUUCCCGCUACGUCACCUGGUGAAGGGUCUCUGACAUCACCCAACCACUUUCGCUAUCUUUCUCCCCACCAAUCUUCCAGAGCUACGAACAACUUCCAAGAACUGCCCUGCCCACCUGCAAGAUCAUACAUGCAGUCAGACCCAUCCGGUAAUGCAACUCCGAGAUUUCGAACAUUAGACAAGUACAUAUAACCAUAGGGCCGGCCUAGCCAGGAAUUGACGGACUCUUCGAACUGCUGCAUAGAGAUAGAUCUCCUUGCAUCGUGUACAUACUUACAUACCCCGCCUAAAGAUCCCCCUCUCUUUUCCCACUACGCACACCAAUCACUCAUACCUUAAUUCAAUAAUUCAUUUCCCCUUCCCUUCACCAUGCCCCGCAAGUCCAUCCUCUCCGUCAAUGCCGGCUCCUCCUCGGUCAAACUCACCUUCUACACCUUCGAGCAGAACCCCAAGGUGAUCGCGACCGCGCAGGUCUCCGGCAUCACCGCCCCACCGGCCAAGCUGAAGUACACCUGCGGCGAGAAGAGCCACACCGAGGAGAUCGAGGAAAGCGCCGGGACCCCGCAGGACGCCUUCAAGUUCCUCCUCGACCGCUGCGUCUCCGACCCGGGACUGUCGGAAGUCGGCAGCAAGGACGAUCUGGCCUACAUCUGCCACCGCGUCGUCCACGGGGGUGACUUCGAUUCCUCCGUCGUGAUCACUGACGAGACCUAUCACCAUUUGGAGGAAUUCGAGGACCUGGCUCCUUUACACAACUUCUCCGCCUUGGAAAUCAUCCGUCACUGCCGGACCGAGAUCCCCGACGUGAAAAGCAUCACCUUCUUCGACUCGGCAUUCCACCAGACGAUUCCCGAGCACGUGCGCACGUACCCCAUCGACCCGGAAGUCGCCAAAUCCAAGGGUCUCCGGAAGUAUGGCUUCCAUGGCAUCAGCUACUCGUAUAUCCUGCGAUCGGUGGCGGGAUUCCUCAACAAGCCCGUCGAGCAGACCAGCGUGAUCGCGAUGCAUGUCGGAAGCGGCGCCUCGAUGUGUGCGAUCAAGGAUGGCAAAUCGGUCGAUACCACGAUGGGCUUGACUCCUCUGGCGGGACUGCCGGGCGCGACGCGAAGCGGAGAUAUUGAUCCAUCACUGGUAUUCCACUACACCAGCGAAGCAGGCAAACUGAGCCCGGCCAGCACCAAAGAAAUGCACAUCAGCACGGCCGAAGAAAUCCUCAACAAGAAGUCCGGUUGGAAGGCCCUGACGGGAACCACCGACUUCUCCCAGAUCGCCGUCGAGAACCCCCCGAGCCCCAGCCACAAGCUCGCGUUCGACAUCGUCGUGGACCGCAUCCUCGGCUACAUCGGGAAUUACUACCUGAAGCUGGGCGGCCAGGUCGACGCCCUCGUGUUUGCGGGUGGCAUAGGCGAGAAGAGCGCUCUCCUGCGGAAGGCGGUGAUCGAGCGAUGCCAGUGUCUCGGUUUUGCCAUCGAUGAGGCGUCCAACGACAGGGGCCCGGGCGAGGGCCAGACGGUGGUGGACGUUUCCAAGGCUGGUGGUUCCCAGGGACCGCGGGUGCUGAUUUGCCAGACCGACGAACAGUACGAGAUGGCACAUGGAUGUGUUGAGAAGUACGGCACGAACACCAGCUCGUGAUUUCUUUGGUGAAUCUGAUGGAGGAGCGAAAUCGCCAUGACCUAUAACUUAAUGAUGAUGAUGAUGAUGAGGAUGCUUAUAGCUGUUUCAGUCCAAUUGAGACAUUGAAGCCCAAC